AUAUGCUUCGCUGCUGAUGCCGGAGUCCUGGCUGGAAGUUACAUUUUAUUUUUCAGAGGAAAUUCAAUCACAGACAACUUGCACCCCCUGCUUCUAAUCCCAGGGUCUCAACAUGAACCUCGUUCUGUCAAGAGAUGCUCAAGUCAAGAUUAUGGAAAAUACAGUGACUAAUGCCGAAAAAUACUUCGGACAGCUCUGCACCGUUCUGGCGUCGCACACCCGCAAGACCGCUAAAUUAAGAGACAAAGGAGAUCAACUGGUCAAAACACUUCUUGACUUUGCAAACACAGAAAACCCUGAGCUGAGAAGUGCCAUAAAAAACAUGGCAGAGGAGUUGGCCAAAAUACAGGACUACAGGCACGCACAGGUUGAGAGACUGGAAACAAAAGUGGUUAACCCCUUGAAGAUCUACGGAACUCUAGUAAAAGACAAGCGGGCGGAAAUCAAGAAGUUUAACACUGUCAGAAAUAAAGAGAUCAAGGAGUUGGAGAAGCUGGAGCGACUGCGUCACAGGGCACCUUCUGAUCGCCACAUGAUUUCUCAGGCUGAAUCCAAUGUGCAGAAGGCUUCAGUGGAUGCAGCUCGUACCACUCAUCAACUGGAAGAGGUCAUUGAUCUGUUCCAGCAGCAGAAGACAAAGGAUAUUCAGAAAAUCUUCUUGGAUUUCCUGACUGUUGAGAUGAUUUUCUGCAGCAAAUCCCUUGAAGUUUAUACCAGCGCAUUCCACAGCCUGCAAAACAUUGACAUAGACAAAGACAUGGAAGAUUUCCGGUCGAAGAUUCAUAUAAACACUGGAGUUGAAGAUGCCAGGACGUUUAGUGCAACUAAUAUCUCCUCCAACACAAUGUGGCGAGCCAGUAAUUUGAGUGUCCAGAGCACCCUACAGAGGCAGAAGCAGGUGGAGGAAAACAGUGACGAGGAGGAGGAGGAGGAGGAGGAAGAGGAUGAAGAUGAUUAUCGCUCUCCCAGGAGAGAACAUAGAGUACGGAAAUAAGCACUGAUUUGAGGAACUGGCUGUGAGUGCAGAUUGGCAAGCUACAGCAAGUCAUCACAUUUGAGGGUAGUUUGUUUUUCCAAUAAAUAUUUUUUUCCUCAAAACAACGAAUUUUUGUGUACAGGAUAAAAAGGACGCCAUUUUUAAAGAUUAGGCAACCAAAUAACUUCAGUCUGCAGUGUGUGUUUGGUGCAUUUGUCUGAAGUCAAAUUCCAGCAACAAUCAUUGAGCUUUAUAAUGUCAUUUUUAAUUAUUUGCUGCAAACCAUCAUUUUAGACAAGGUGUUUUUAAAGUUAUUUAUUUAUUAUUUUUUUUACACAUUCUUUAAAACACUAAAAUAUUUUUGGUUGGUGGACAUAUUCUAUAAACAAUGUUGUUUUCCAAAAUCUGCCGCCAUCCAAACUCACUGUAUAGAGAUUUACAAACUAAUUUAAAGAGAAAUAUGUGAAAGAUAAAGAUGUAUUUUUUCACUAAAUAAUGAUGCUUGAACUAUGUCUAUCUAACCUUUUGUGUAUUUUUGUUUAUUAAAAGAUUUAAAAAAAAAAUAGAACUUGAAAGUUACAUCUGCGUUACUUGCACAACUCUCAAUUAUGUUGACAGGGACAAUAAACACUACAUACAGUUUAUAA